AUGAUCAGCCUUCACCAGCUCUUCAGGGUGCUCUCACGCAUCAGCUCGGACCCCUCUACCCCUUUCUAUGCAGCUGCCUUACAGUCCCCAGUAGUCGGCACUCCAGGGGGAGUCCAAAGAGAGCUUUCAGGAACUCCAAGCCCCCUCAAAGGCCUGAAGCCUGCCUUUGACGCCCGGUUGCUUACCACCUGCACCACCACGGCCCCAGCACAUGGGGCCCUCAGCCCCGGGGCCUGCGGCCUCGACGAUUGUCUCUGCGAUGAGGCAGACUGCAGCGCGUUUUCGCUUGGCAACAGCAGCAACAGCGGCAGCAGGACACUAGACGCCGACGACGGCUCCGCUGCUGCUUCUGUUCGUGCUACUUCCUCUGGAGACUCGAAGACCACGCACCAGAAGCUGGCAGUCUCUGCUGCUCAUGACCUUCCAUCCCAGAUUUACAGCAGCAACAGCAACAGCCCUCGCACUGCUGCUGCUUCCCCUCUUGUCGCCCCGUUGUCCCUUAGCUCUACCCCUAGCUCUGCAUCCAAUGCUGUAUGGGGGAGUCCUUUGCGAAUGAGUCCUGUGGAGACUCCCGACGGCCUCUUAAGAUCCUUCAUGGGCUCUGAAGGCACUGCUGGCCCUUUUGCUGCUCGCGGGAGCCCGCAGCUUUGCCAGCAGCAGGAGCCGCAGAAUCCGCUUAUAGGGUCUACAGCAGGCGCAGCAGCUGAUGCUGCUGCAGCCACAGCGGCUCUGCGGGAAAUGCAGGAAGAAACUGAUAGUGAACUAUGUUUAGGAAGCUCCUACAGAGCAGCCCGGCGACAGCGGCGAAGGCCCUGGCCGCAGCAGACACCAUGGGACAGCAGCGGCAGCCGAGGAGCAGCAGCAGCAGCAGCGUGCAUUGUUCCUGCGGUGCAGCAGCACAAAAGUGAGGGGCGCAUGCAGACCCGUCGAGGCGCAGCAGCAGCAGCAGGUCAUCAUAGUCCACCAAGGCCUGAGGAUGAGACGGAUAUAUUGCAGGGGAUGAUCGAGGGUCCCCGGCACUCUCGCCGUCGUCCCCCAUCUUCAAGGACACACCAGCAGCGGAUCCCCACAGCAGCAGCAGCAGCAGCAGCAGCAGCACCGGCAGCAACAGUAUCGACAGCAGCGGGUGCCGUGCCUUUGCCGCUGGAGCCAAUGGCGUGCGGCGAAGGCAGCAUCGCCAGGGGAGCCCCUGCUGUGGGCUCCUCCCGGCUCUUGGGUGUGUGUUUCUCGCCGCCGAAGGAUGUCUGGAGGGCCCGAAUAACCGUCGAGGGAAAGCAAUUCGAGCAGCAGUUUUCAGUCAAACGCCACGGCUACGACGGGGCACGCAUGCUGGCUGCCCGGUGGCGCGCAGAGAUGGAACAUGCUAGGCUGCUGCGGCCCCUCGCCCUCCCCUAG